CUCGCAUAUGGGUUGGGAAGAUUAGCAUUAAAAUUUCAUGCCCGUGUUAUGUCCGAAGAAAUAUUCUCGGUGGGAGGCAAUUAAAUCACAACCGUGCGUGAAUUAUUAAACACCUAGAACAAUAGGCACCGUCGAUUCAAAAAUUGUCUUUCGACCGAAGAGCUGAACCGCAGUAUAAGAUUAUACAUUUUGGAGAGUUGCUUUGCGUGUGGGUGAAAUAUCUUAUCCGUUUAGAUAUGGGGAAAUGUAGAAUAGGAAUCUUCCCGCGUCUGUUCUUGUAUACUCUAAUCAUCUUUGAAACAUUUGAAUUCACUUUACAAGAGCGUGGAAGGGAUCGCUCUGCUGAAUGGGCUGCUUAUAUACCGGGAGGACAUGAAGAUGCCCUUGAUGUAGCAAGACGACAUGGAAUAUCUUUGAGUGGAAAUGUUUUAAUUGGGCGACAAGAUAGGCAAUUAUAUCGUCUAUCUUCAAGAAAUAUUGAUGAAGAUCAGGCUCAGACAAUAUCAUCUCUUCUUCAACAUGAUCCAAGAGUCAACUGGGUAAAACAACAGAGCGCUUUGGAAAGAGAAAGGAAGUCAGUUCUUCCGGUAACAGGGAGGAAAGGUCCUCACAAAGAGGUCGUCUCAAAAAAAUGGAAUUUAAAAGAUGUUUUGUUAUCGAGAAACAAACGACAUCACAUGGACGUCAAUUGUGUAUGCAAAAACGUCAGCAGUUACCCACAUGAAACAUUCGGAGAUCAUGUUUAUGCUGUUUUGGACAGACAAUCGGACCCGAGUUUGUCGACAAUGUUCAAUGACCCGAAAUGGCCUUGCCAAUGGGAAUUGUAUAAUUGCGGACAAACAUCCGGACCUCAUCGAGUCGAUUUGAAUGUCGUCCCCUGUUGGGAAAAAGGAUUCACUGGGCGGGGGGUCGUAGUGACGAUUGUUGAUGACGGAGUCGAUUAUGUAAACGAAGACUUGGAACAUGCAUUUGAUGAGAGGGCGAGUGCGGAUUUAAAUGAUGAUAAUGACAAAGACGGACCAUUACCCAACAAAUCGUCAUUCGGAAACGAUCAUGGAACAAAAUGUGGCGGGGAAGUAUCGAUGCGACCAAACAACAAUUACUGUGGUGUUGGUAUAGCAUACGACGCUACGUUAGGAGGAAUUCGAUUCUUAGAUGGUGUGGUUACAGACACGAGCGAAGCUGCAGCAUUGGUUUUCAACGCUGAUUACAUCGAUAUCUACAGUUGUUCGUGGGGACCUCAAGAUAAUGGACAGACAUGGGAAGGACCUGGACGCUUAGCCUCGGCAGCUUUGGAGGUUGGAUCAAAUGAAGGCAGAGACGGAUUGGGUAGUAUUUAUGUAUGGGCAGCAGGAAACGGAGGUGCGUCAGGGGAUCAUUGCGGAGCAGAUGGAUAUACCUGCAGCAUCUACACCAUUGGAAUAGCGUCAGUUUCCGAUCAAGGAUUAUCAACAUUUUACACGGAAUCAUGCUCAUGUAUCAUGGCAGUUACGCUGAAUGGAGGCCCACAUGAUAUGCCGGUCGCAAUUCAGACAUAUAAACCUUCACAUUACCUGGUUACUACAGAUCCCUACCACGGUUGUGUGAAUACGUUCACUGGAACAUCUAGUGCUGCUCCUCUGGCAUCAGGAGUAUUAGCACUUGUGCUACAAGCGAAUCCAAAAUUAUCGUGGAGAGACGUACAACAUUUGAUUGUAAGAAAUUCUAAAAUACCUAAUCCCACAGAGGAUGGAUGGGAUAUCAACGGGGCUGGAUUUCAUGUUCAUCACAAAUACGGAUUCGGUCUUAUGGAUGCAGCUAGGCUGGUAAUGGCGGCACAGAAAUGGGAGAAUGUUGGAAAACAGCAGCGAUGUGAAGUGAGAUUUCCAAACACAGACAGGUUCGUGGAAGCAGGAAAAUACGUGACGUUCAAAGGACACACUACCGCAUGCUCAGAUUCACUGAACCGCGUGCAGGAACUGGAACAUGUGCAGGUUAUCAUGACCUACAGACCGAAAUGCCGCGGUGAUGUCAGUAUCGAGCUCACUUCCCCAUGUGGAACAGUAUCUCAGCUGAUGUCAACAAGGCCUUUGGAUGCCAGUAGAGGGCAAGUAAAAGAAUGGCCAUUCAUGACGGUUCACAGCUGGGGAGAAGAUCCUAGAGGAGUGUGGAAACUACGAGUGAAAGACAACAAAGGGACUGUAGUUAAAUGCAACCGUGGACAAUAUGAAGAAACAGGUGUUUAUGUCGAAGAAAUUCGAAUGAUAUUCUGGGGCACAGCAGAGAAAAAAGGAUCGAGGCGUAUCGGUUGCCAUGGAAAAGAUAAAAUCGCAGAAGAGGUUGUAGAAGAGAAUGACGACAACAAUCUCGGUCAUGCAUCACUGAACAUAGACCCCAAGAAUCCUCUCGAUAUAAGUGAGAGACUUGACCAGGAAAUAAUCGACGCAGAAUUUGUGGGAGAGCAUGGAAAGGAUAUAACAGCAAAUGAUUUAGAAAACGCCAAGAUUGGUCGAAAACCAGAGGUGAAAAACGUCGAGUCAAACGAAGAAAUAGAAGAUUUACGAGCGAGACUUGUGAAAUUUCUUGCGCGGAAUGACGAAAAAGACACUGGACAGUUUUUAAGAGAUGGGAUUGAAUUAUCGCGAAGUACAAGAAAAUUCGGGAGUCAAUGAUAUAUCAUUUACUUUCAUUUUAAAACAAUACAGUACUAAUGAUGACAACUUUAAUUUUUUUUCGUUAUGAGGCAACAUGCGGUAUUUUUUUUUCGGCCAAAUUCAAAAAUCUACAAAAUAUAUUUAAAAACAAAUCAACCAUUUUCCGAUUCGAUUAUUUGAAUCAAUAUAUAUAUAAAAAAAAUAUCGAAUGAAAAAAAUCUUUUUUGAUUCUUCUCACGGGGCAUUUUAUUAAAACAGUUCCACACCAGAAAUUUCUUUUGUCAUGGUUUUAAAAUAAAACUAUUAUGUAAUAUUUAUCUAUACGACGUUUAUGACUAAACAAAGAUAAAUUUAGUUCUUUUAUUUGAGUUUUUUCUAUAUAACAGUAAUAGCAUCUUCAUGACAACUUUUGCCAUUAAGUGUAAGCCAAUAGUUUUAAAUUAUUCUACAUUUUGUAAUCACUGUCUCUGUAUUAGUAAUUUAAUUUUGUAAUUUACAUGCUUCUCUCUCUGUGAUUAAAGUGCAAUAAAACACUGAAAUAGCAA